UUAAAGCUCUCUAGUGGGGAAGGGCUUAAAGGCUGAGUCAAAAGCCAAGAAGUCUCUUUAUUUACGCCUACCUCCCAGCCCCUGGCAGUCUGACUAAUAACAAACUGAGCUAACAAGAAAGACUAGAAAGAGCAGAGAGAACACAGAAGCAGCUUGGAUCUAAAAAUCUGACAAAACCAAGUGAUCAAGUCAAGCUCUGCUGAGCAUCUUGUUUGUUUACAGCUUCCAAAUGCUUGCAAACAGUUAACUAUAUGCAGAAAACUCAGCAUAGCUGUGAAGUAUGCUGUGAAUUUUAAUUGAGGAAAAAGGACAACAGCUUACAGGAUGGUCUAAUAUGCAUGCUGCCUGGAAGAUUUUUUUCAAUUGAAUGCUUUGUACUUUGUCUUCUGAACAAGGAUUUUAACUUUAUGGAGCUGUAGCAUUACUAGAGCUUGCAACAAAGUGAAACUCAGAAGGAAGUGUGCAUUUUUCACAGGGAAAAAUUACAUCGCUUUGAAACAGCUGUUCCAACAGUGCACUACUGAGCGUUUCAGGGAGUGUAACUGCUAUACAGAAUCUGCUGGGCAAGAUGAAGCUCUGGAUUGUUAUUCUAUACUCAGUUGUGGUUGCAUCUGAUUCUUUCCAGUCACAGCCUUCUUUUUCUUCAGUCAGAGGAUCUUGUCAGAGUUUGUGUUCCUGUGAAGAAAAGGAUGAUACCAUGAUUAUAAACUGUGAAGAAAGAGGCAUCAAGAUGGUAUCAGAAAUAAAUGUCCCACCAUCACGGCCUUUCCAUCUUAAUCUCUUGAACAAUGGCCUGACUACGUUACACAUGAAUGAUUUCUCUGGCCUUGUUAAUGCUAUCUCUCUACAUCUGGGUUUUAAUAAUAUUGCAGAUAUUGAGCCUGGGGCUUUCAAUGGUCUCAGCCUUCUUAAGCAACUUCAUAUAAAUCACAAUUCUUUAGAAACACUUAAAGAAGAUACAUUUAAUGGAUUGGAAAAUUUAGAGUUUCUUCAAGCAGACAACAAUUUCAUCACAGUGAUUGAAGCAAGUGCCUUUAGCAAGCUCAACAGGCUUAAAGUGCUUAUUUUGAAUGAUAAUGCCAUUGAGUAUCUUCCUCCAAACGUAUUUCGUUUUGUCCCAUUGACCCAUUUAGAUCUUCGGGGAAACCAGUUACAGACUCUUCCCUAUGUUGGCUUUUUGGAACACAUUGGUAGAAUACUAGACCUUCAGUUGGAAGACAACAAAUGGGCCUGUAACUGUGAUUUGUUGCAGCUGAAGAUAUGGCUAGAAAACAUGCCUCCUCAGUCAAUAAUAGGUGAUAUUGUAUGCAAUAGUCCUCCAGUUAUCAAAGGCAGUAUCUUAAGCCGGUUGAAAAAAGAAACACUUUGUCCCACUCAUCCUGUCAAUGAACUUGAAGAUCCUUCAGGGUCACUGCCCUUGGUUGUAACCACCUCUGUCAGUGAUAGUCACCUAUCAACUAGGGUGUUUCCUAUCCUGAAAGCUCCUACUAAAGAACCAAGUUUAGUGCUUCAUACUUCAAAGCCUACUACUCAGUUUCCAGGAAUCUAUUGUCCCAUCCCCUGUCACUGCACCAGCCAUAUGCUCUCAGGAGUUCUCAUGCACUGCCAGGAGCGAAAUAUUGAAAGCUUGUCUGAUUUAGGACCCCCUCCUCCAAAUCCUAAAAAGCUUAUUCUAGCUGGGAACAUUAUUCAGACAUUACUGAAAUCAGAUCUUGUGGACUAUGACAGCCUGGAAAUGCUUCACCUGGGAAACAAUCGCAUUGAAAUCCUUGAGGAAGGAUCCUUUAUGAAUCUGACUAGACUGCAGAAAUUAUAUCUCAAUGGCAAUCAUCUUACAAAGUUAAGUCAGAGUCUUUUUCUUGGCCUUCAGCACCUUGAAUACUUGUACCUUGAAUAUAAUGCCAUCAAAGAAGUUUUGCCGGGGACAUUUAAUGCAAUGCCAAAACUUAAAGUCCUCUACUUAAAUAACAACCUUCUGCAGACUUUGCCAGCCCAUAUCUUUUCAGGUGUUCCACUUGCCAGAUUAAAUCUGAAAACAAACCAAUUUGCUCACUUGCCUGUGAGCAAUGUCUUGGAUGAACUGGACAUGCUGGUACAAAUUGAACUUGAAGACAACCCCUGGGACUGUACCUGUGAUUCAGUUGGGUUGCAAAAAUGGAUACAAAAACUGAGUAAGAACACAAUGAUGGGUGAUAUUUUUUGUAAAUCUCCAGGACACCUGGCAAAAAAAGAACUGAAAUCCCUGAACAGUGAAGUCUUGUGUCCAGGUUUAAUAAACAGCCCUGCCCUACCAACUCAUGCCAGUUUUGUAGUAGUGACAACUUCUCCUACUACUACCAACACUGCAGACUCUAUCCUGCGGUCUCUUACAGAUGUUGUCCCACUUUCUGUUCUAAUAUUAGGACUUCUAAUUGUGUUUAUAACUAUUGUAUUUUGUGCAGCAGGAAUAGUUGUUCUUGUUCUUCAUCGGCGACGAAGAUGUAAAAAGAAACAAGCAGAUGAACAAAUGAGGGAUAGUAGCCCAGUUCACCUUCAGUACAGCAUGUAUGGGCAUAAGACAACACACCACACCACUGAGCGCCCAGCUGCAACUCUCUAUGAGCAACAUAUGGUUACUCCCAUGGUUCAGGUCUAUCGCAGCCCAUCCUUCAGCCCUAAGCACACUGAGCAGCUGGAGGAGGGAAGUGAGAAGGAAGCUGAUUCCAAACAUCUCCGCCGAAGUCUCCUGGAAAGAGAGAACAGUUCGCCUCUUACAGGUCCAAAUGUCAAAUAUAAGGCUACAAAUCAAUCUGCUGAAUUUUUGUCUUUUCAGGAUGCCAGCUGCUUGUACAGAAACAUUCUUGAAAAAGAGAGAGAACUGCAGCAACUAGGGAUCACAGAGUACCUAAGAAAAAAUAUUGUCCAGCUCCAACCUGAUGUGGAAGUUCAUUAUCCUGGAACACAUGAGGAGUUGAAGCUAAUGGAAACACUCAUGUACUCCAGGCCAAGAAAGGUUUUUCUAGAACAAACUAAAAAUGAAUAUUUUGAACUCAAAGCUAAUUUACAUGCUGAGCCUGACUACUUGGAAGUCCUGGAGCAGCAAACAUGAAGUGAUAAUACAUUGAGCUGAGGCUGAAUUCCUGUAAUUCUAUUUUAAGUUGGAACUGUUGUAAAUAAAAGUGCCUUAUAAUAACAUGUCAACAGUCAGAACUUAAGCACAGCAGUAAUCCUAGCAAAAAAAACCUCAGGGAUCACUGUGGGAAGCCAUUGGGUUGUGUGCAGGCAAUAUGUAUCACCCCAAGUAAACAUGAAACUAUGUGUGAUUGAACUGUGGGAGGAAGAUUGUGUAUUGCAAUAUUCCUCAACAUUUUAAAAAGGUGUGUAUGACACUCUCUGUUCUGUACCCAAGCUAUAGAAAAAUAUUUUUUACCUUUACUCUUUCCUUUUUCCCCUCAGUUUAAUUAGAUAUUUUUUUUUAAAAAAGCACCUGUGUUUGUAGUUAUAAUGUCAGAGUGUAUUGCUUAGAUUAGUAUAUGUACCGCAUACAUGACUGUUGCCUACAACUACACCUAACAUACCCAUAUAAUAAAUAAAAAAGGAGUUGAAAUGUCAUCAUGCUAAAUGUCAGUUAAAAAAAAAUAUCUGUAUGUGCACCCAGAACCUGGAAAAUAUUUAAGUAUUUUACUCAGAACUUCAUCAUGUGCAUUCUGUAUUAGUAUGUGGAAGGAAAAAUAUGUAACUAUGUUUACCCAGCAUCUUCAGUGAAGAAAAAAGUAAGCCUUUUGCUACUUUAUCUGAUAGCUUUACCUAAGUUUGGACAAUCUUACUGAGCUGCUGCUAUAAGAUAUUGUGCAUCACUGGUGUUUCAACUCAUAAUCCUGGGCAAUUUGAAAAGCUACUGAGUAUCAGCUGUAAAUAUGUUACUGUGUUUAAUAAGUUUGAUUUUAUAUAUAUAUAUAUAUAAGUAAUUUCUGUUCUGGCUUUAAAUAUUCCUGGAGGAAAUGAGUUUGCUGUGGCUAGGAACUUCCAAGUGCAAAUACAGGUCCUUUCCCACCACACAAAAGCAACUCCCAGACAGAAUAACUGCAACAAUACACACACAUAAGGAAGAAUAAUACUAUUUAGCUGUUUGUACAAAGAUAUGUUAUAUUUUCUGAAAUUAGAAGAAAAUAAAGUGUUGUGGGAAAAGUAGGUAAAAAAAAAAGUAGAACACUGCAGGUUUAUUUUUGCAAUGAAUUCUCUCUAGAUUUAUAUUUACUAUUCUGUAUAAUUUUGUAUUUUUUUUUAAUUCACAAGAAAAGAAAAAGCUUAUUCCUGGCUGCCUUUCAAGAAAAUCGAGGAACUGCUUUCUAUCAAUUAAAAGGAAAUAAAGGUUUUUUAAAUGUCUUUUUCUUAAAGAUCACUUUUUAAAGAAGGCAGCAACUUCUGCAUGCACAAUCUAAAAACUGUUUGGGAAUUUAACACAAUGCUUCUCACUUUUGUUGUGUGGACAGAAGCAUCUUGUCCAGAAUGCAGUAAGGCCAUACAAUUUCUGUGCAUGACUGACAUGGUGCCAAAACACAAAUUCUGACCUGCAUUUAUUUUCUUCUAAGCAAAUAUUUUGUAAACUGUCUAUGCAUGAACCUUUUUUUCCUAAUUUCUAUUUGUUGAGCAAAUGAUCAGCUUAAUUAUUAGGUCUGCAUAUGUAUGCUAAACUUAGCAUUGAAGUCUUGAUAAACUCAAAGUAAAAAUAUUCAUUCUUUAGUUCAUCUUACUGUUGAUGUCUUACCUAUUUGUAUAUACCAAUGUGAGCUCUUCAUAUUCUUUGUACAUAAGUUUCUGGCAGAAAAUUUUCCUAUAUACAUACAAAAGUUGGAUUCUAAAUUCUGUCAAAUUUAUGUAGAGAUAAUGACUUUAACGGUGCUAUACUAAUUUCUGUAAUAUAGGAUCUGACCACAAAUCUCUGUUAACAAUUCAACUUCCUUAUUAAUAUUUUUGAGGUGUUAUCAAUUUGCUAUGGAAUUCAAACUUGUUGGCUUCCAAAAACCAAAAUGUCAGUUACUAGAAAAAAAGUUUUUUCUCUUUUUAUGACUGAGAAUAAUUUAGUUCAGAAAAUCUGUGUGUUUAGGAGGAUUAGGAAGGGUAAAUCUGGUGAAAACAUAUUGGUUUCAUUACUAUCUUUAUUCUGGACAAGGAAAGAUAAUGCUAAGGUACAUGUGCAGGUAAGAGUGGGACAAAAAGGGAAAUGCUGCUUCAUUAACUUUACAUUAACCUUGGUAUCAAGUGUUAUUUUAACUGUCCUUGCAUACUCAAGACAUGUCAAUGGGCUUUAUGGACAUGCCAUACAACCCAUGGAAACUCAUGCCUUGAUUUGGAGGAGCACCCGGAGCUCAGGUGGGAUGGCUUAGCUCAUUAAAUUUGUGCUAGAGGUCUACAUUUAAACAAUUUAGUUUCACACAUAAAAAAUCUAACUUUAUUGUUGGAAAUAAUUCAGAUCCAGUGAAAAUUUGAAAUUAAUCAAUGAAGUGACACUAGAAAUCUUUGAAUUUUGAACCAGACCUGCUCAUAUUAUUCUUUUUUGAAUUUUUAGAGAUGUCAAAUUAAUGUAGAGGAAAAAAAAUUUACGUGGCAUUUGAUAUCAGAGUUUAGUAUUUCAGUGUCUUUCAUUUCAGUAGUUAUUUCAAAUAGUAAAAAAUGGGUGGCAAAAUAAUACCCUGCAAUUGGCAUGAUUCAGGGAAAUGAUGAUUCAGGCCCUCAGGCUUAGAUUUAAGAGAAAUAGCUUCAGACUAAAGACAAUUGCCACAUACACAGAUGUCACUUUGUUUAGCUGUGAACAGUUACUUGGCAGAAUAUUGAGGCCAACUGUGUGGCAAAAUAUUCUUCUUUGUUGCAGUCUCAAAGCAUCAGAAAGAAGAGUCAGCUAAAUUCAUGUCAAAGUGACUCAGUUGUGCAGCUCAAUCAGAACAUCACUCUGCAGAAUUAAAGAGAGAUUUAUCUUUUAGCUUUCCCUCAACAGGGAGAUUCACGUCAUUCAUUACAGAAGGGCAAGUGUGCUCUUUGGCAGUUUGUAACACUGCAAGUGAUUUUGUAGUAUCCAGGAAUCACUAGAAUGUGGCAUGUCAUUCACUUCCCUAUCAUCUCUCUGUACUAGACUGCCACAUAGUGAAAGUCUGCAUGAUGUGGAGAGAGGCGUCUGCCUGUAGCCUUACCUUUAGUAACAUUCUCAGACAGUGAUUUUCCAGUUAUGAGGAAACUUUGUAUUGCCAUAACAAAACGGGAUAAGAAUAUGGCCUUAUAUGAUUAUUCUUCAGCUGAAGAAUAUCAGUAUCUGCUGAUAAAAAUAAAAUCAUGACAUAUGGAAGGUAUCACAUACAAAGAAAGAAUGAUGCAACAGUUGUUUCUGAAAGUUCCUUGGAACACUUUCUUUAUAAUAACUAGAAAGGUGUCCUUAAUGUUAUUGGUGUUUGAGGAAAGUUGAGAGGGAUAUUUUGUUAAAUCUGUAUUCUUUCAUUUUUUUUUUUUUUUUUUUUUUUCUUUUCUUCCAGUGGCAGGCCCAGUUAAGUGGUUUGAUACAUUUCACUUACCUAGAAUAACAGAGGUUGGAAGGCAAAGCAUGUUUGACAGUCUGCAACAAAGUGGAUCCACUUUUCUCCUGUCAGCAUGAUAGUUUGAGUGAGAGAACAGUGCUUCAUCAAGCACACUGAUGUACAUGGCAGCUGUGUUGUUGUUAGGGUACCUUAAGGUAACCAACACUCGUAUUUUUCCCCUCACAUUAGAGUGAAGAAAAUACUUUAACUAACACUAUAGCUUGUUCUCUAAAUAAACAGAUAUUAUAGUACUAUAUUGCACUUUUUAAUUUUAAACUGUUUUCAUAUUUUCAGCCUCAUAAAAGACAAACGUAAUUCUCUUUAUUUUUCUUUCCGCUACAGGUAUUUUUCAGACUUUUAGUACUGAUACUUGAAUAUAUUACCUGCAGUGAUGCCUCCCCAACAACCUCCAGCCCCCAAAAGCUCUUCCAACAAAAUUUGUAAAUUUACAUAUAAGUUAGGGUAUUCGACUAUUCAGAAAUGGUCCAAUAUUUUCAUAUAUUCUUCUCCGUUAGAAUGACAGAUCAAACUUUCUGUAACCAGAUUCCAGACUGAAAAUGAGUUCAUAAAUUUUGUCAGUGAUGUGUAGAUUGGAAUCCAAAACUUUUACAUCUGCAAUCAUUGCUUCUCUCAUUGGAAUCUGAGGACCAGGUUUUGGGCCCUCCUUGCCUGACAAAGAAGUCCCCAGUGUGACCCCAAAUAAAGGAAGUUUACAAUGUGUCACCUGUUUACCUACAAAGAGAUUAUUAGUUGUAUCAUAUGCUAAACUGAAAAGAUAAAUUUGACUGGGACAGAAAACAAUCUUAUAAAGGUCAAUGUCUGGUGUGUUAAUGAAAAAGAGGAUUUAAUACAAAUAAAAUAUUAUUUCAAAGUAAUAGUGGCAAGGGAAAAAAUGGAGACUGAAUCUCAAAUUCAUCAUCAGAAGGGAUACCAGAUUAUCGUUCUGAGGAUGUCAUUGUCUACAGCAAUAUACUUUGUCAGUCACAGCAAAACAAUCUGCAAGUUUCACAUAGGUGCACUGAAAUCAUAAUGACAAAAAUAAAAUGAUCAAGCAUUUGUUGUAGUUCAAAAGAUCAGCUGAGAAACUUUCUGAAGAGUGGUACUUUUCUCUUGUGGUCCCCAACAGAGACUACGUUAUUUUCCAUUAAGCGGUUUCCAUCUUGGACAAGUUCUGUUCAGCAAUAGACAACCCUCUGGCAAUACAAUCUACUGUUGCAAUUGAAACCUAGUCCUUGGAGAGGUUUUGCAUUGUGUGCUUUGCCUUCAGUGGUCAGUUCCUCUUGGACUUGAUGUUUGGCUCACCCUGUUGGAUUUGAGACAGGGAAGAUGGAUCUAUUACUGAUCUUGUGUUGUAAGUCAAAAGACCUGUCACUCUUUGAUUUUAUGAUGUUUAUUAUAUUCUUGAACUUGUUUAAGGAUCUUUUGUUCCUUGAAGCAGAAGUGAACUGUAGCUGGAACCAAUAUGGGGAAGUUAAUCACCAUAUUGAAAAUAUAUAGCAUGGUGUUUUCUUCAUGCACAUCUCCUAACAGUCAGCUUUAGCUUUUUGACACAACAGAACAAAUUCUUAAGAGCCACAGUCUAAUGGAAAGCAGCUAACCCCAAGGAAGAAAGUAAAAUGCCAGAUGCUGAUCAGCUGUAUGAAAGCAAGAUGUGAUGAAGAACUUUUUUUUUAUUAUUAUUAUUAUUCAGCUUCACCAAGAUGGAGUACAAGUACAUGUGCACAGCACAUUUUAUAAAACAUUUACCAAAGUUUUGUGUUUUAAGACAUUAACUUGUAAAUACUCACAGAGUUUUCCUUCUAUUACUACUGGAAGGACUACUUCCACUCCUAAUAUUACUUCUGGUUCACACAAUAAACUGAGUUAAUACAAAAAAGAAGAAAAAAAUUUGUUUCAUAUUUCAAGGAGAAACGUUAUCUAUUGUAACUUCAGUUGUUUGCCUUUGUAAAUCGGUUAAUCCAGAUUAUUUCAUUUUAGGAUUAAUUGUUUGAGAAGUUAACAUUUUUUUAUAUUAUUUCUGUUGUACUUAAUUACCAAAUAAAGUAAAGAAGAGUAGAUAAUUAAUUGUUCAAACAGAAAGAAGUCUGAAAUCUUUUAUAUAUGCAGAAAUCCUAUGGAAUGUUAGCAUAAACUUGCACUUUAAAAUAAACUAUAAAAUUUAUUUUAUUAUUUCAUAAAAGUAUUAUUUUUAGUUUUAAAUUAAAAAACAUCUCUGCAUUUCUGCAUUUUUUUAAUUCAAAGCCAAGGUAGCACUUUCAUAAUGACACAUAUUUGAGUUAAACACAUAUUAAAUGGUUCCAUAUUAAGACAUUUAAAAAAAAAAAAAUAAUGCUCUCAAAUAGAAUCUGAUACUCUCCCUACCUUUCCCUGCUGAAACCGUGCAGUGUGCUGUGCAAAAAACCCCACAUUUCCUGAGCAAGGAGACAAAAGAAGAAGACGAAUUAUUUUGUAUCUUUGUUAAAUACACUUUGGGAGAAGAAUAUUACAGAUUCCUAUUCCUAUCCUCUGGUGCAGUAUGGUCACACACUUCACAUAAGAUGUAACCAUGUAAGAAGUUCAGACUUAAAACAACUAAAUGCAUGAUAUUCUUAACAGAAACGAUGUCUCUGCAAUCUCGUUCUUUUGUAAAUAGAAGGUUGUUGCAACUGCACUGUUUCAAAAGACCCUGUGUGUCAAAUAUCCUUUGAAUACAUCUGCUAGAUCAGACUCCAAAGAUCCUCUCAAAUCUUUAUGAAACCUGAUAAGAUGCAAGAUUCCAGGCUGCCAAUUCUGGGCAAGUUUAUGGGCAUUCAGACACCCUUGAUCUUUGGAUACUUGGAGGACAGUGAAAAACCUCUUAGAUUGUGUGUUAUAGAGAAAGAGUUUUUGAGCUACAGUUAAAGAUUUAGAUUGCUCUUUUAAUCUGGCCUGAGUUCAACAUUCCACAACAUUUUAUCAUAUGAUUUAAGAAUGAACGUGAAACUUUAAUAAAGACAAAAUGUAGCAUUUAGGUUCCACUGUUCACAAAAGGUAAAUGAUUCCAUGUGUUAUCAUGAAAUGAAGAUUAAGAUAUAAAGAUGUUAACUGCCUCAUGUGUUAUGUGUCUUUAUGUAAUAUAUCACUUCAAGAGAGAUUGGGGGAGGUGGCAUUGUUUCCUAUUGACCACUGAUGCAUUCAGACUUCCUGAAGGGAAAAGCUGUGCUGAGGUUAACUAUCUUCUCGCUGCUAUACAUGAUAUUAUGAAGGCUGAAUCAUAUUCUAUAGAUUCUAAAGUAAAUAUUUAUUAUAGACUGAAAUCUCUUAACUGCUCUAAGCAAUGAAGUGUCGUCUAAAGUCAAGCAGACUUCUUGCAGGCUCAGAUUCUGUGAUUAUUUUUAUUUAUAAGCAUGACCACAGAAUAAACAGAAGCUUUACUGUUUUCCUAUAUAAAAGCAAUCUUGUAAAGAAAAUUAUGCUUUCUGAAUUUUUUAUUCAUGUCCUGAUCUAAGGGAUAGAGCUAAGGAAUUCUGUCUUUUGGAUCUGGAGUUAUAUGUCAUCAUAGUCUGAGAGGCCUAUGGUUUUGUUUGAAAAAAAUCUAUACACAAAACAAAACAGUGCAAAAACUUAGGGGUGUUGCUGCACUAAGUCUUUUUCCGGCCAUCAUGAACUGGAAUUAGACAAGACCAGUAACUAUUCUUAAGUACAAGGCCCAGCUAUAUGUUAAGUUCACAAAAAUUAUUCUGAAGAUUCUCCUGAAGUGUCUCCUGCAAAAAUGAAAGGAACAUGUCUGUUUUGUCUCCUAUUUUUUCUAACAGAUAUGUAAGGAAGAUCACAACAUAAGUUAUAAAGGUCAAUACCAACUGUAAGUACCUACAAGAUAUUUUGAUAAUAAGAAAACCUUCUUCACUAGGAGGGGUAGUGUAGCACUGAAAUAUGUUACUCAAAGUAUCCAUGGAACCUUAGUACCCAGGAGAUUUUCAGGACUUUGCUGUACAAAGUCACAGCUGAUCUAAAAGAACCAAUAGUCCUGCUCAAAGCAGGAGGAUAGACUAUACAGUCUCUAUUGGUCCCCUUCAGGCAAAAUAUCUGUGGUUCUAAUAUGAUUCUGUAAAGUAAUUUGAGGGAAAAGAGGUUGUUUUUUAUUUUUUUUUUUCUAUACACAGACUUCCUGAAUAUGAAGUUAAGGAAAAAGGCAAUAAACACUAAACUUUGUCAUGAAGUAAAAGUUUUCCAACUAACUUUUGUAACAUACAGAGAAGCAUUAAUAUUGAUGCUGCAUCAAAUAAAACAGUACUUCUCUGAUGUUGGUCAAAAUGCAUGCGGACUGUGGUUACUUGAGUUUAUUAUUAAAAUUGGGGUUUGAGGGUAUAUUUUAUUGGUUUUAUUUUGUUUUGUUUGUUUGUUGAUUUUUAUUUUACAUGGCAGGUGAUUUCAAAUUUCUAAAUAAAAUGCUGAAAUUAUCUGAAUCUCUUGAAGAGUGAUCCAUUUCUGUACUAGUUGAUUUAAUGUUGUACUUCUUCACACAUUUCAAACUUAGUGAUAAUCUUACUUUUUCAAAGGAACUUCCAGGCUUUAACAGUUCUUACUUUGUGUAUUCUAUUUGUUAGAAGGCCAAAUUAUCAUGCUAUGACUGAUGUACCUUUGAAAUUAAAAAUAUGUUUUACAUAAAAUGCUACUUCAAAUCUUUCAAAUUAUGAAGCAGCAGUUGGAGCAAGAUGCAUCUCUAAAUGUAACUGAUUUACUGAAACUGGGAUCUAUUUGAUAUAAAUAGAUUUUUUAUUGUUAAAAAUCAUAUGAUAAUUUGCUUAGCUCUGUAUUCAGGGAUUUGGGGAUUGCUGUUUUCUUUAUUUGCUUAUGGUGCUUCUGGCAACAGUAAUUUACUCAUGGAGAAUUUUUGAUACUCCUAAAAAAAAAUGUAGUAUAGUUAAGUAGCAUUUAGAAUCACUAUACCUAGCAAAUGAUCCUGUAAAGAUUAUCCUUUCAGUUUAUUUGCACUGUUCCCUGGGUGGUAUUGGAUGUAUGUUCAUCUUUUACUGUUUCCUCAGCUCAUUUGCCUUUUAGCUAUGGUCAGAGUUGGAACUAUAUUAAUCAGUUUUUUAAUAUGAAAAUUCUAGACUUUGAUGAUUGAAGCAAGCAUACUUCUUUCCAAUAAACCCAUAAUCACAGCUGUGUUUGUUGAUAACUGAUUACACAUUGAUUAUCAUCACAUCAGUUAAUUAUCUUGGUUAUGAUAAUAUUUUGGGUCAUGAACCACUGCAGGUAAUACUGUAACUUCCUUUUUCCCCACAAAAAAUCUAAGGAUGACAAAACUUCGAGAUAGAUGAAUAGUAGAAAACAUGUCAAUUCCUUUACAUGUGAUGCAAGUACUCAAUGCUGCUACUUAAAAGGACCUUUGAUCCACAUAUGUUUUCUGAAAUGAAAAUCUCUUUGGUUUUAAUUGGACUUUGGAUAAUCUCAGAAAAUAACUCAUGCCUCUUUCCUUCAACUUUCAAAUCCUGUGUAUAUUUAGAAUGUAUUGUAAAAGAAAAGUAGGUAUGGGCAAUAUAACUGCUAGCAGUGGAAAGAAUAUCAGGCCUCUUUGAUUCAAGUGCAGUGCUUCAUGCUAUUGUUAAUUAGUAAUCGAUCUUUUCAAAGUCCUUGUAUUGUAUGCUAUCUAUUAUCUGAAAUCAGAUGCUUUCAUACAGAUUUAGAGCAAAAAUGCAUGCAAUAAUAUUUUCCUUUUUCUUAUACUCUUCUCUAGGUAUGUACUUUAGUCAUUCUUGGAGACUGGAUAGUAAAUAGAUCUUUGAAUUGACCUAGGAAGGCCAUAACAUAAGUGUUUUCUUGACCUUUUUAAUGGGAUAUUUUUAAUAGAGAUUCCUAAUAAUUUCCUUUCUUACGAUAGUUUUAUAUUACACUAAUCUUGCAAAUUAAACCUCUGAAAGGUAGUACAAACUUGGAUGUGUUUCUACCAGAGUAAUUAUUUAGCCACCUGAAGAAGUGAAAGAUUCAAAUCAUCAGAACAAUCACAGAGAAUCAUCCAUAAAAAAGUAACGAAACAUCUGCUACUUUGAACUUAAACGUAGACAUAAGAGUUAAAAAGUCUUUCAGAAAUAGACACAAAAACGCUCCUUACUCUUACAGUUUAAAAGUAGAGAAUGAGACACCACUUACAUAACUAUUUUAUAUUAACGUUGAUAAAAAAUAUGACUGUUUUCUACUUAUAUAUGACAAUGAACUUCCACAAAGAUUUUAAAAUUUCCUUCCUGCAUACAGAGAUUUUUUCAGACAAGAAAUGCCUUGACAGGCUAAGGAAAAUAACUGAUUUUAUACACAGGUAUACAUAGCUUUCUGUCAGUGUUGCAGUGAAUCCUCGAUCUCAUUUCUAAUAGUAAGACACAAGAGAGGACUGAAAAACACAGUGCUUUAAUAAAAACUAAUAAAAACAACUGUAAAAGCAAGCAAGCAAGCAAACAAACAAACAAACAAAAACAACCAAAUGCCAUUAAGAAAAGUAAAAGGGAAAAAGAAGAUAACAUUUCAAGUAUUGAUCUAUUGCUCUCUGCAUAACUUCUCACAUAUUUCUCUUCAACAUCUGUUUUACUUCUUUUAAUUUCUGUUUUUUUCCUAUUUAUUUAUUUUUCCAUCUAUUUUGUUUGUUUUGUUUUGUUUUAGUAUAUUAUAACUUUGUGACCCAAAUAAAUUUGUGUUUUUUUAGGUGACAUCUUUCUACUUGUUUCUGCUCAUCACUGGACAAUGGUGUACUUUCUAUCCUGGGCUUUUAAAAUGAAAUAGAUGACUAAGGUCUUAAUAAAAUUACUAAUGUGUAUGUCAUUACUUGGGUUCUUUUACAGUUUGGGGUAAAAGCAUCACAAUACAAACAGGUAUAACAAUGUUUAUAUGGCAGUAGGAAAUAAAAGGGCUUAUAGGGCUUAUAGCUCAAGCUGGCUGGGAAAAAUGUGUUUUGAUGGAAAAAAUGUGUUUUCAAAACCUCCAGAUUUUCAUACAGGAAGACUUUUUUGCCAAAAAUAACAGCAAUUUUUUUUUUUUUUUUUCAGUUGAACACAGUCAUCAAUAAUUACAUAUUUCAGUUUGUGAGGCUGUUCUGUUAUCACAUUACCCUCCUCUAAUCUUACAUAAAACUCUAUGGAAAUAGUAAGAGAUGAGCCUAUGAUUUUAUUUUUUACUGUUGAAAAACUUCAUUCAUUGAGCAAUGCCUGCCAUUAUAUCUUUACAAUUUUCCAUCUAGCUUGAGUGCUGGAAGGCCUGGCCAAACAAAAAUAAUAAGAGUGUAGGAAAUACAGACUGCAAGAUAACAGAGUAUUAUGGCAAUUCUGACAUGAGUUUGAGUGGCUGUAACAGCUGAAAUUGGAUCAAGCAAAAUGAAAUGGAAUGCUUGACUUCAGGAUUUAUUUACUUUUUUAUUUUUAAAGUUGAGCAUAUUUAUGAACAGAUUUUCAUAAAUAUUUUGCUGUUUUUACUGUCUGUUUUGGUACAAGCUUAAACAAAGUUGAAGUUCAAACUUUUCUAUUUAACCAACCAUGUGUGAAACACAACAAAUCAUUUGUGUUGUAUACUGACACAAACAGUUCUCAUAAUUGUAAUACAAUAAUGCAACUUAUUAGGUGUGGGUACCGGACUCUUAAAAUGCUCACCUGACUAGGAUCACCUAUACCAACUGACUGCCAGGCCUGUGAGACUCUGCAGUGUCUGCUGCAGGGUGCGUAGCAGGUGAUUAUUCCAACCUACUAAAAGAGAUCAUGAAGGAGGUGACUUGCAGCAUGUACUUCAUGUUCACAUAGUGAAUGAAAGAGCUAAGCCACUGAUUCCCACAGCCUGGAGCAGCUUCUAGUGGAAGAUCAAAAUCUUUCACUGCAAUUCUAUUCUAACUAGUAUAGACAAAAUUUCAUGAGCAUAAGAAAAAGAGACACGGUAACUAAUGAGAAACGUAUUGUAUAUUUCUUUUUUUCUUUGUUCUUUGUUCUGUUUUAUUAAUAAAACAUAAAGUCAGCCUCUGUAUAAAA